AUGAAGAAUGAAUUUUCAGUAUUGGCGACUCGAAAAGACGAAGAUUUUCGGCGCCGACGCAGUGAAAAACCAUGCUUGAAGAUAGCCAGGCAUAAUAGAGACACAUCUCUGGUUAUUGAAGUAUUCCUGAAGUGCCCAUUCAUAUAUUGUUCUACACACUUUGGUAAAGCGAAAACUAAUUGCUUCUGUUGUUUUUCUGAAUCUUUUCCAGAUGAUCUUAUCGCCGAUGAUUUGUUACAAGGCGACUACGAAGGUUUGGAUAAAAGGGAUUCUUCUGAUGUAGAUCGUCGUGCUGUUCGUUAUGAUAAAUUGAGCCGAUUUUUACGAAUCAAUAACCGAGGAAAAAGUAAGUCACACAAGAACAGCUGCUCCAAAUGGCAAAUGGCGUGCACGACCAGCUCGAAGAGACCCGACGCUCGUUGCUGUUCAGGCCUUGUCUGUAAAUGUAACAUCUGGGGCGCGAACUGCCGGUGUGAUGAUACUCUUGGAUAGAUUUUCAUUCGUCAACUUGUUGUCACGUGAUAAGAAGUCUGCAGCGGCAAACGAUGGUACAAUAUCAGAACAGUUUAGUUUACUUGAAAAGACAAGUCUUCUUCAGUAACACACAAACAAACAAAA